UAGCCACUCUAUCUAGUUUAGAGUCUUUAGCCAACUUAUUUAAACAUAAUCUAUGGCAAAGACGAAGAAUUCUUUUUUGUACUACCACAGUAGUGGUCUGUGUCAUGACGGAAACCAAGCAGGUAGUAUUUAGAUCACAAUGUCCGUUCACAAUCAGACAGGUGAAGUAGAUGUCCAUAGAUUACCCACUGAUUCAGAAGAAUUUGAACUAAAUAAUUGGAGUUUUAAAUACACAAAGUCGCAUAUUUUACAUUCAGUUUGUACAACGCCGGAAAAGUGUAGCUCAAAAUCUGAAGAACAAUGUCUUUUGUGUUUAUAUACAAAUAGGCUUGAACUGCCCCACUUACCAGAGAUGGUUUUCCCAAAAAAUGUUCUAAGGAUUAUACACCCAAAUGGCGGGGAAAUACAAUUUAAUGCUUUUGAUGCUUUAAAGAAAGUAUGUAAUGGCAAGUUACCUAUACAAGUGGCAUGUUCUGAAGCAUGGAAAGAGUCCAGAUCUUUGGAAAAUUUAGGACAGAAGAUCAAACCUUUUGAUUGGACAUUCAGCACAGACUACAGUGGCACACUCUCUGACCAAGCAGUUAUAACUCCAACAGAAGAAAGAAUUGAUAUGGAAAUGUUGAAACAGAAAGAAAAAAUACUCUUUUAUCAUGACAUGAUGCUAUAUGAAGAUGAACUGCAUGAUAAUGGCAUUUCUUCAUGUACAAUAAAAAUAAGAGUAAUGCCCAGUUCAUUUUUUGUGCUGCAGAGGUUUUUCCUCAGAGUGGAUGGUGUAAUGGUCAGAGUAAAUGAUACAAGAGUGUUUCAUGACUUUUCAAAGGAUUAUGUGCUUCGAGAAUACACAAAUAAGGAAUGUGGAGUAAAAGAUCUGAAGCUUCCCUUGACUGCCUUUGGUGAUCCAAAUGUACUUUCACCACAUAUGCCAUUAAGAACUACAAUUAUAGAAAAAAUUGUGUUUCCUACAGUUAAAUGAUAUUGUAACAUUUAGGAAAGUCAAAUGCUAUAAAUAUACUUUAUAUAUACUUUA